AUGGAGGUCGCCGUCCGUUCUGUGUGGGCCGAGAACUUCAAGGCCGAAUCACGGCUCCUCCACCAGAUCGCGCCGCUUGCCCGGCACGUCGCCCUAAAUGUGAAGUACCCCGGCUGCGUCUUCGGCCACGGUAAUGGCCGGAGCCACCGCGACCUCACCGCCGACGAAGAGCGCUACGAGGUCAUCCGGGCCAACGUGGGCCUGCUCAGGCCGCUGCAGGUGGGCAUCGCCGUCUGCACCGACGACGGCCGGCGCUUCGCGUGGGAGUUCAACCUGCGGGGGUUCGACGUCGCCUCCCCAAAACACGCGAGAGACCCCAAGUCCGUCGCCUACCUCGCCAGCCACGGCGUCGACUUCAGCCGGCUUCCCCGGGACGGCAUCGACGGCUUCAGGCUCCGCUGGCUGCUUCGGGACUCCGGCCUCAUCAGAGCCCGGCCGUCGUGGGCGACCUUCACCGGCGCCUACCACGUCGCCUACUUCGUGACCAUGAUGUACGGCGAGAAGCUCCCGGACAGCGUCGACGACUUCAUGAAGAUGGCGCGAGACCUUAUCGGGCGGCAGUUGUACGAUGUCAAGCGGCUGGCGCGGGAGCACGAUCGGAGCUGCGUAGGCGCGCUGAGCAAUGUCGUGGAGAAGCUGAACGUCAUGCCGCCCCGUGAAGGGAUCUCCAAGUCGAAGCCUGCCGGCACAGGUAGCAUGCUAGCGCUACUGGCCUUCGAGACGUUGAAGCACAAACUAGGCCCUAACAUGGAGAAGUACCGCCACGAGCUCUGUGGGCUUCAGGUUGUCUAA